GAUGGAACUUGUAAAAUGUUGCCCUGUAAGAAGAGAAGAAUUUCAGUGACCGAGUCUUCUCAGCAGCAAGAUGACCAGGAGGGUGAUGACUUGGACCUAGAGGAAGCUGUGAAGCCAGAGACAGACCAGCUCCCAGACAGCGGGUCAGAGUCCCUGUCCUGGGGUCAGAGUCAGGACAGUGCAGUGUGCCCUGAAGGGCACUCCAUGCAGGAUGGAGACGAUCAGCUCAGGGCAGAGGGGCUGUCUUUGAACUCGAAGAUGCUCACCCAGCAUGUGAACUUAGCAGUCUUGGAAUCCGUUGAUGUAGCCGUCUCUCAGGAAAUACCCCUUCCUUCCUUGGAGUCUUCUCAUUCCCUUCCUGUACACAUGGAUAAAGGGAGACUCCAGGCCUCUGCCUCAAGGAAAGGGAAGAAAAUUGUCUUCACGCCUGGGCAGGUUACCAGGGAAGACCGAGGGGAUCACCCUGUCCCAGAGGAGCCUCCUUCAGGAGAGCCUGCUGAAGAAGCCAAGAUGGAAGGAGGAGAACUUGAGAUGCGUUCCGAAGGGGAGGUUCCUUUGCUGUCAUCCAGCAGUCAGUCUGCAAAACCAGGUGCCCAGCCUCGGAAGUCAGUCCAGCCAGAUGGUUCUGCCUUCCCUCAAGACAAGCCACUCGGACCUCUGGUUCGCCAAGCUGAGGAAGAGAUGGAGGACGGUGGACUCUUUAUUCCAACCGGUAGGCUUUUUCUUUUUAAUUCAAACAAAAAAACAAAGCAGAAACAAUUUUAUCGGUACCAAAGCAAGAGACUAUGGAAGUAUGAGGCAGAUGAUGAUGAUGAUCCAGAGUAUAACUUCCUGGAAGAUCUUGAUGAACCAGACACCGAGGAUUUCCGUACUGACCGAGCAGUGAGAAUCACUAAAAAAGAAGUGAAUGGGCUGAUGGAAGAGCUGUUUGAGACUGUGCAAUCUGUAGUCCCCAGUAAGUUCCAAGAUGAAAUGGGAUUCUCAAAUAUGGAAGAUGAUGGCCCAGAGGAAGAGGAGCGUGUAACAGAGUCUCGGCCUAGCUUCAACACUCCUCAAGCCCUACGGUUUGAGGAGCCGUUGGCCAACUUACUAAAUGAGCGGCACCGGACAGUGAAGGAGCUGCUGGAGCAGCUGAAGAUGAAGAAACCCUCAGUCAGACAGCAGCCUGAGGUGGAGAAGCUGAAACCGCAGGAGACUGUCCAUCAGACUCUGGUCCUCAACCCAGCACAGAGGAGCAGGCUUCAGCAGCAGAUGCAGCAGGCAAGGCUUCUCUCUUUGUUUGUAUUUGUAUUAUUUCUUGGCUUAGCACGGAAGCUAGAAGUGAGCAGUGUGGUAAAGUCAGAGGUGGCUGUCCUACUUCCUGUUGGAACCGUUGGCCAUAACUCUUUGGUCCUUGGAUUAUAUUUAUCUCAGAUGUUCUUUCUUACAGCCAGUGAAUUUCCCUGUUUGCCAAAGCAAGUGGCUUGGAUCCUGGCCACAAACAAGGUUUUCAUGUAUCCGGAGCUCCUCCCAAUACGUUCCCUGAAGGCCAAUAAUCCUCGGGAUAAGACCAUCUUCACCAAGGCUGAGGACAAGUACUUUGAGGAGCAGCAGGCUUUUGAGAAAAGCCGGAAGUUCCUCCGGCAGCUGGAGAUCUGCUUUGCUGAGAACCCCUCCCACCACCAGAAGAUCAUCAAGGUUCUCCAGGGCUGUGCAGACUGCGUUCCUCAGGACAUCGCCGAGCUCAAGACACAGAUGUGGCAGCUCCUCAGAGGCCACGACCACCUGCAGGAUGAGUUCUCCAUCUUUUUUGAUCAUCUGCGCCCAGCAGCUAGCAGGAUGGGUGACUUUGAAGAGAUCAAUUGGACUGAAGAGAAAGAGUAUGAGUUUGAUGGCUUUGAAGAAGUGAUACUCCCUGAUGUGGAAGAGGAAGAAGAGCCUGCCAAGGUGUCCACAGCCUCCAAGAGCAAGAGGCGAAAAGAGAUUGGGGUUCAGCAUCAAGAUAAGGACACCGAAUGGCCUGAAGCAGCCAAGGACUGUUCCUGUUCCUGCCAUGAGGGAGGUCCCGAAUCUAAGCUGAAGAAGAGCAAAAGGAGAAACUGUCACUGCAGCAGCAAGGUCUGUGACAGCAAACCCUACAAGAGCAAGGAGCCCCCUGAGUUGGUGGGCAGCGGCCCCCUCCACGAGGCCAGUACUGUGCCUGGCAGUAAGGAAGCAGGGCAAGGCAAGGACUUGUUAGAAGAGGAAAUCCAGGAGGAGCAAGAGAACAUGGAGGUGACCCAGAGUAAGACUGGCAGGACCACGCGAAAGGGAGAGGCCCCCGCUCCAGGGUCGACAGUAGGGAGUACUUUGCUGUGCCCUGCAGAAGUGACUCCCAUGGAGCUGCUGUUGGAGGGCCCAGCGCUCUGCUCAGCAGAGACUCCUCGGCUUCCUCCUCAGACUGGAGCUGUAGUCUGCUCUGUCAGGAGAAACCAGGCUGGGCCUGAAGUUGUCUCCUGCCUCAGCACCUCCUCCUUACCUCCUGAAGAGGGUGCUGCUAACUCAGAGGCUGUUGCAGCCCACCGAGAAGCAUCAGAAACUGAGAGGCUGCCAGGAACUGUGGAGCGCCCUGCUCCCCUCCCAAGUCCUGUUUCCGUGACGACCAGAGACAUGGGGAGCAGACACAUUUGUGGGAACGCAGGCAGUCAGCAUUGGCUCAUUGAGAGCAGAGCUGAGGCAGAGGCAGCCCAUGUGGCGGCCCCUAUCUGUGAAAAGUCAUCAGGAGCCAGGGCCUCAGAGGCUGCUCCCAAAACUGCCAGAGAGGUCCUGGCUGAAGACAGUGGGACACAAGGCAUGGGCCCAGAAGGGGUGCUACCAAAAGCCUCAGAAGCCACCGUUUGUGCCAACAACAGCAAGGUCAGCUCCACUGGGGAGAAGGUGGUGCUUUGGACAAGGGAAGCAGACCGAGUGAUUCUCACCAUGUGCCAGGAGCAGGGAGCACAGCCUCACACCUUCAGUGUCAUUUCUCAGCAGUUGGGAAAUAAGACCCCUGUUGAGGUUUCCCACCGCUUCCGAGAGCUCAUGCAGCUCUUCCACACGGCCUGCGAGGCCAGCUCUGAGGACGAGGACGAUGCUACCAGCACCAGCAACGCAGACCAGCUCUCUGACCACGGGGACCUGCUGUCAGAAGAGGAGCUAGACGAGUGACAUCUGCCAGGACCCACCCUACAGCCAUCAGCACUGGAGAUGGAGCGCACCUCACUCGUGGAGACCUUGAGGACGGAGCAAGUAUGGAGAUGGCUCUAAAGCUCGUCUCUCAGGGGCGUUGGUGAAGACCCUACAAGCCCAAUCUGUACAUAGCACUGAGGGAGCUCGGGGCUUGCCUAGGAGUCUGGUGGUCUCAGUGUUUUUAAAUGUACAAAUGCGUAUGUCAAGUAACAGGUCCCUACACACUGGGUUCCUGCACGGCAGCUUUUAUUAUAAAUUAUCUCCCACUACCCUCCCCUGGACUUCAGUUCGAGAGACUGUCACCCUCCUGGUAACACUGGGCCAAGCUGUGUAACUCCUGCAGCAUCUCUUCCAUGUCAUCUUGCUCCACGCCAGCGUCCAUGAAGCUAGCCCAGCGCCGGAGGUCAAGUCUGCUGAGCUCUUCAGCCAAGUCUCCCAGGGUCCGGUGCAAGGAUGAAGUUGAACGCAAGGCUCCAAACACAGGGAUGCUCUGUACUGCUGCAGAGGGAAAGAAGAGGGAGGCUGAGUGGGCUGGGGUCUGCUCUGGGACGUGUAGACCUGACUGGGAGGUACAGCGGUGACGCGUGUGCUGUCCAUUCUGUGUGCUCCCCAGGGGCUCGUAGUCAAGCAGAGGAACACUGAACUGUGAACUUGGUUUUCUUUGCACUUUUAAUCCAGGAAGAGAAAGAGUAAAACUGUUCCUAUGUA